GAUCAGAGCUCAUCAAAGCCAAAACGCACAAUCCCCUUUGCUUUCACCCUUUAAUUUUCUCCAAACAACACCCAAAAUAUGAGGAGGAUUUCAAGUACUGUUCCGGCGGUUGCUUUACUGGCCGCGCUACUCUGCGCCGCCGCCUUCCAAAUCUCCGUCGCCAUCACUGAUGGAUUAGUAGUGAAUGGCAACUUCGAAGCACCGGUGAAGAAGACGGAGCUAAACGGCACGGUGGUGUUGAAGGCCGACGCCGUACCAGGGUGGAUCACCACCGGGUUCGUGGAGUACAUCUUGGCGGGGCAGACGCAAGGGGACAUGCUCCUGGUGGUGCCGGAAGGCUACGCGGCCGUGCGGCUGGGCAACGAGGCGUCCAUCAAGCAAAAACUGAACGUCACCAAAGACAUGUACUACUCCAUAACAUUCUGCGCCGCCCGGACGUGCGCGCAGGAGGAGAAGCUCAACGUGUCGGUGGCGCCCGACUCCGGCGUCUUGCCUAUCCAAACACUGUACAGUAGCAACGGUUGGGACUGUUAUGCGUGGGCGUUCCAGGCGGACUAUAACGAGAUUGAGAUCACGAUCCAUAACCCCGGCGUGGAGGAGGACCCCGCUUGUGGUCCCUUGAUCGACUCCGUUGCCAUUCGGACGCUCUACCCUCCUAGACCUACUAAUGCGAACUUGGUAAAGAACGCGGAUUUUGAGGAGGGUCCAUACUUGUUCGCGAACGUGACAACCGGCGUUCUGUGCCCGCCCUUCAUCGAGGACGACCACUCUCCCAUUCCGGCGUGGACGGUGGACUCUCUGAAAGCCGUGAAGUACAUAGACGCGGAGCAUUUCUCGGUGCCCCACGGCAGGAGAGCCGUGGAACUGGUGGCCGGGAAAGAAAGCGCCAUCGCUCAGAUCACCCGAACAAUAGUGGGCAAGAUUUACGACCUGACCUUCCUUGUGGGGGACGCCAGCAACUCGUGCGAGGGCUCCAUGAUCGUGGAGGCGUUCGCGGGGCAGUCCACGCUCAAAGUCCCCUACGAGUCCAAAGGCAAGGGCGGAUUUAAACCGGCCAAACUCCGGUUCAAGGCCACCGCCAACCGGACCCGGAUUAUGUUCUUCAGCACGUACUACCAUACGCGGAGUGAUGACUUCGUGUCACUAUGUGGCCCUGUUGUUGACCAUGUCAGGCUUCUCAGUGUUCGUCAUCCCAAUCUCUCCCUUGAAUUGACUCAAAACUAGAUCUGAUCCAUAUAUAAUUUUCGAUUAUACUAUGAAAAUAUAUGGAUUUUACUUCCUCAAAUACUGCCUACUGAUCGAACCAGUGAUGGUAUAUAUGAAUUUUUGUUGUAAUAUGAGACGAGGAGAUGGAUUGAGAAAGUUUGUCUUAAUUCAUAGUAUGUAUGCAUGCAUGUUAUUAACUACUACUAUAUGAAUACUUCUAUUUAUAUAUAUAUAUAUAUAUAUAUAUAUAUAUAUAUAUAUAUAUAUGACUCUCUAGUGGAAGUCAAUAUAUAGUUUUAUGUAUAUUGUGAUGGGUGUUGAAUGGUAAUGUAAUUCACCAGAAUAUAUUUCCAUUGGUCAUUGGUGUAAUUUAUUGAAAUAAUAAUUAUAUACUUCAAUGAAUGUUUGUAAUAUAUCGAGUGACGAGUGUGAUAUGUAUGUGAAAGUCCUUUGUCCCA